UCCAGCACAUUCAUUUCACCCUGAAAUUUCCUUUUUUACACGUCAAAAUCGCGAAUUUCAACACUGUAAUAAAAAAUCAACGACGAAUAUGUUUUCAUUUCGCGAUAUUUACGUGAUUGAUUGGCUUCUGUUCGUGAUCUAUGGAAGAAAUGUGAUUUUAAAAUGUACCUAAAUGACUUCUUUUGUCGAACAAUGCUCAUAUGCUGAACGAAAUCAUCUGCCUCGGGAAUUUGAAAAAAGAAACCAAAAAUGGACGACGACACAAUCACAUAUUACGGCAGCAAACCAACCAUCUACAGAUCCUACGCCAAAAUGGCGAUAUUAGGAUACUUGAACAUCACUUGUUGCAUAAUCGGAUCAAUUUUGAACUUCUUCGUCAUAAUUGUAUUCACCAGGAAGAAUAUGAUUUCGCCAAUCAACACAAUUCUGGUUCAUUUAGCCAUCGCAGAAACCAUCACGAUGAUAACCUAUAUGCCUCACACUUGGCACGAAUUCUUUCGAGCCAACCUGUACCCUGCAAUCAAAGAUCACAGAACACACGAAUGGGAAACAAUCUCCCUGGCAUCUUUUUACCUCGCGUUUAUAUUUCGACAUACGACAAUAUGGCUUACACUGGUGCUUGGUGUGUGGCGUUAUAUUGCGGUUAUUUAUCCUUUGAAGGAGCGCAAAUGGUGCCAAAUGGAGACUACUAGAGUUUGCAUAAUUGCAGGAUAUGUUUUCGGCCUGAUGACCUGUAUACCGUUAUGGUUCUUUUUACAAAUUAAACAAGCCGAAAAGACGGUUGACAAGGAUGGGGUUUUCACCUCAGAUUAUGGGAAAGGUGUGAAAAAUGAAUCGAUAUUCGAAAUUCACGCUCCUAUUGUGAUGAAUACGCCAUUUUACAGACUCAUAUAUCUUUCGUAUGGGAUUUUCGUGAAAAUUAUACCGACGGCAAUGUUGGGAGUGAUUAGUUACAAAUUAAUAAUCGCUCUAUCCAAAGCAAAAACCCAGCACGAAGGACUCACUUCGAAUUCACACUUCGAUAACACCCGGCAAUUGAAAAAUAAACAUCAAACUUAUCGAAUAACAGUGAUGCUUUUGAUGAUACUGGGACUACUGGUUGUAGGCGAACUCCCCCAUGGAAUCUAUUGCCUACUGACAGCCAUUCUUGGUCCAAAAUUCUACACCCAACGUUACAGCUACGCUGCCGAAGUAUUCAACACAUUGGUCAAGUUCUGCGAAUGCGCGAAUUUCGUAAUUUAUUACAUAAUGAGUCACAGAUUUCGAAACACUUUCAAGGCAUUGUUCAGAUCGCGAAAUGGAGAUGAGAAGAAAAUACGGUGCAAAAAGAGAACUUCGUCUUUUAGUCGAUACGGUGAUCCUGCAUUGGUGGCCAAAGCUUUGAAAUUUACGGAUUCGUCGACCAAGACUACUGAUGAGUGAUGAUAUCGAAGAACGAGAUUAAUCUGAACUCAUCGUUUUUUGAAGUAAUUAUAAAAUGGAGCUUUACAUUUUUAUUGAGAAAUGCUUCGUUCAAAAAAAAAAUACACAUUCCUGAAGAAGAAGCAAGUAGUGGCUUAUUUUAUACCAAUUCGAACUAAAAAUCAAGUGGGUGCCCCGACCACUCUCAAUUUUUUUCUUUAUUCGAACAAUAUGCUUGAUUUACCAACGAAACAGAAUCAUUUCCUGAAACAAACCAAUAAAAAUAUAUAGAUUAGAAAGUUAAUAGAUUGACAAUAGAAUGGCGCCUGUUCACACGAGUAUUCGCAUAUUCCACGCGAAUCAUUUGAUAAUCGAUUUCCUAGUACCUUAUCAUCGAAAUUCAAAAUAAUAUUUGUACCUAGCUAAUUAUUACCUUUAAUACAUUAUGGCAAACGUGGAGUAGCCAGGAUUUGGUGAUUUUAAAUGGUAUUUUCUUACAUUAGAAUCAGUCAAGGUUCGCCAAUUAACUCUUUUAUAUAAUUUUCAAAAGCUAAUACUAGAAAUUCAAUUCGUCAUCGAUUUGAUAAAUUUUUUCAAAUAGAUAAUGGAGUUAUCUUUCUGAGAAAAUGAACACUAUGGCGAAUAGGUACCUAAGUGAUAUUUCUACGAACCAAUGUAUACUUUAGGGUACCUACCUCUACCUAUGUGUAUUUCAAUACCAAAAUAACUUACUUGAUUAGCAGUCAAAAGACCUACUCAUUAUUCAUUAACUUAUUUGUCAACCAAAACUAUUGUUACAACACCAUCCCUAUAUAUACUACAGGUAUCACUAAUGAUAAAAAAAAAUAUUAUUCAGCCUUCAGUACUGACCCACACUUAUAAUACUAGAGGGGUAAACUCAAUCUUUGCUGAUCAAAUGAGUACUAAAGUGAACAGGGAAGGAAUAGAUACUAUGACAGUCAAAAUCUUUAAUAGUCUCCCUCCACAAAUCAGAGAUAUUCAUAAUACAAAGCUAUUUAAAAAAGCUCUUCAUAAAUGGCUACUAAAAAGGUCAUUUUAUGAUGUAGAUGAGUUCCUAAACUCUAACCCUAUUUAAUUAGUUAAGUAUAUGUAUCCAUUACUUUAUCUUAUUGUUUUGUUUCUAUCCGUUUCAUUUUAUUGUAUUUUUAAUGUUGUAGAGUAGCUCAAUAGGCAAUACCAUGUAAUAAUAUUGUAACAUGACUUGUAAAUGCCGCUUGCGGUCUCUUACAGCAAUAAAUUAUUUGAAUUAUUUGAA